GUGUAACCAAAAAAAGUAUGGUUAUUUUCAAAUGGUAAGGUAAUUUUGGGAUUAUUUUAUUCAUUAAACAAAAUGGAUGUUGUGGUGAGUGAAAUUUUACAAAAAUCGGAAUCGGAGGCCUUAAAAUACAAGUCCAUAGAAGUGAAAAAGCAUCUAGAGUUGGAAUAUGAUCUUGGCACAUUAUUGGCUGUAGACAACAAUGAUUUCGAGUCGAAAUUUUUGAGACCAGACAAAAGAGAGGACUAUUUCCUAAAUCUAGCCAGAGACAAUACACAAUUGCUAAUCAACCAACUAUGGGAAUUGCCAACAGAAAGAGUAGAAGAAGCCGUAAUGGUAAAACUACCCCCUGCUAAAACCCUAUUGCCGAGAAUGAAACCCGUACCGAAACCAAAAUCCUUGACAAAAUGGCAACAGUUCGCUAAAGACAAGGGAAUUCAAAAAAAGAAAAAAGCCAAACUCUCUUGGGACCAGCAACUACAAAAAUGGAUCCCACUGUACGGUUUUAAGCGGGCCCAAGCCGAAAAGGAAAAAAAUUGGGUACUAGAGGUGCCUCAAAAUGCCGACCCCAACGAAGAUCAAUUUGCCAAAAAAGUAACUGCGCGAAGCGAAAACGUAGCCAAAAACGAACUACAACGAUUAAGAAACAUUGCCAAAAGCAAAAAUGUUAAAGUACCCAGAGUUGGAGUCACUAAUCCAGAUAAUGCUUCUUCAAAAGAACUACAAACUGCAGUAACAGUUGCCAAAGCAUCUACUGCAAGUUUAGGCAAGUUUCAAGACAAAUUGCCAAAAGAAAAGGAGGCUAGAGGCGUUGCUGACAUCACUCCUGGAGCUUCCAGGAAACGAAAACUACCACCUGUAGCAGGCCACAUUGAGAAAAAAGAAAACCUGGAAAUCCUGGACAGUAUCCUUAACAAACGACCAAAAAUGAACAUUGAACAGGCAGUUGCAAAACAAAUACAAUCAACAAAGAUGGAUUUAAGUGAUAAUAAUCAUCAUGAAAGAAGCAAGGGCGGCGGUAGCAAAAGCAAAAAUAAAAUGGGCAAAAAACCUAAAGGAGGCAAGGGCCAGAGAAGUGGCGGCAAAAACAGCGCAGGCAGAAAGAGACGUUAAGGGUGGUCCCAGCCUAAAGUAGGGUCCUUCGAUACAGCCAUAUAAACCAACGUCCCUAAUCCGGGCAAAGGUUUGGCCGCCAUAUAAGUUCUCUUAUCACUGGACCAUUUGCACAUAAAACUGUCAUCGUCUGUGGCACCUUGUUUACCAUCCUAAAAUUUUCAAUCUGUAAUAAUUAUUUUCCCUAAUUAAUCAAUCCUCUUACUCCUUCAAUUUUGAAUGCUGAAUCCUUAAUCGCCUGUUCCAUAACCCACAGCAGGUAUUUGAAAAAAGAAUUUCGGUUUUUCUUUACAACCGGAUUGUCGGAUUUUAGGUUUACCAGUUUUUGAAUCCAUUUACGGCAAAUUUGUUUAUCUGUAAAAAUUGUUUUGUAAUCUCUGCUAACAAGUUAAUUGCCUGGAGCAAAUUCAUUAAUGCUUAUUUGUAAAACCUAUAAGCUUUUAAGAAAAUUCGAGGGCUUGGAAAAUCAAUUUUUUGUUUAUUCCAGGCUCUUGAAUAGACACAAAACCAAUUUACAAAUAAAACUGCUCCAAUCAUUUUUGUUGAGAUUGACUCUCAAAUUCCAAAAAAAAAGCCUGUACAUAAUGUAAAUUAGGUUAGCUUUCACUUAUAGUUAGUUUAACUCUACUCAUUUUCGGUUUCAAAAGAUUUACUUCUAAGAAACAUAGCUAGCUUUACUCUUAAGUACUUAGCUUUUAAGUUUCCCAACUCAAAAAAACUGACUUUAAAGUGCAAAUUUGUGUUCCUAUUAAAGACACUAUGUUCUAUUAUAAUAUAAGUAAUCGUUUUUUGCUAAUUUUUUUGCUCAUUGAAACGCUUUUUAAAGUAAACUUAUGGACUUAAAAAUCUUUUGAAACCGCAACUGAAUUUUGCUUCUCUAAAACAAAGAGUGAUCUUUGUUUGUAGUAGAGGCCCUAUUUUUCUAAAAAUGUUUAUUUUAUGGCACACUGAAAGUAUUUAUUGAAUACUUUGUCAAGUUGUAGCCUGUUUUCAUUUUAUUUCAAUAAAGUUUUUUAAAAAGUUA